AUGCAGGCAGCUCAGAGGGGACAAAUAGACGUUGUUGACUUCCUCUUGUGUAUGGGAGGAAAUGUGUCACAAGUGGAUAACUAUGGCCGCAACGUCCUGCACUGGGCCUGCACGGGCGGACAUGUGAGUAUGGUGAAGUAUCUGCUCUCACAAGGCAGUGUUGAUAUUAACGGAAGAGCAAGAGGCAGGGUCACCCCCUUGAUGAUAGCUACAAUGACUGGACACGGAGACGUUGUUGAAUUACUCGUGUGUAUGGGAGCUAACGUAUCACACGUGGACGAUCACCAUAACAACGUACUCCAUUAUGCCUCAACUAGUGGACAUGCAAAGAUUGUUAAGUAUAUCGUAUCCAAAGACACGGUUGACGUUAACAGUAGAGGAAGGUUCGGAAGAACACCACUGAUGCUGGCAGCGAAUGCUGGACGUAUCACAGUAUUUGACCAGCUUAUGUGGAAAGGUGGUCUUACUCGCCUAGUUGAUGACAACGGUUAUAACAUACUUCAUCUGGCCUCAUUAGGUGGACGUGUGGAAAUGGUGAAGCAUAUCCUCUCACAGAACCUGGUAGACAUUAACGCCAGGAACAAGGACGGGGAAACAGCAGCCAUGAUAGCAAAACUUAAAAGAAAACGUCACGUGUAUUACGUUCUUGUUUCUCGGGGCUGUCCAGUGAAAUAA